AGGGGAGAUCACGUGCCUGCACCUGAUCGACCGAAUAAUAGCGGUUAGUCGGUGUUCCCGCGAUUAAAUCCUCUCUCUUUCAAAACCCUAAUACAAAAUUCCCAUAUGAAUUUGAUUUUGAAAUGAUGGCUACUAAGGAAACUAAAAUGAGAUCGUUAAAACAAUCAGGAGGAAUAAGCGGGCACAUGUCCAUCCUCCACCGGCGUCUCCACCAUGCUCUCAGCCUUGGCACCAGAGUUUAUGAUGGAAAGGAAUCGAAGUGGCAGUGUACUGAUAUUGAGAUACAAAGACACGUAGUUCGGUCAAUUGCUUCAUUUCUUGAUUGUAUUUCAGGAGACAAUGUACACCAUCCUCUAGUAAAGGACUCAAUAAUGGAUAUAGUUGGGGCAUUGGUGUGGAUUCUUCAAAACAAAAGUAAGGCUGUAUUAACCAUCACAGCUAAUUUGGUAGAAAAGUUGAUCAACAUCUUGCCAAAUACACUGCUGCAGUCGUAUUAUCUGGAUUUUAUUCGUCUGUUGCCAUCCCUCUUAUCGUCUCAUCAAGUAGAAGUAUCUAGGUCAUGUACUACUGCACUGAAUAUGAUCUUUUUAAAUCUGAGUGCGAAAAAGGAGAAACAGGUUUGGGAUAUUUUGAUUGAAACAGAAACUGUUUCUCGUAUUGUUGGUUGCAUAAAGGAAUUCUCUGAUUGUGCUAUGUCCAUUGAAUGUUUCCAAGAGAUGUCUUCUCUUUUGGGCACAAUUCUACAUCGCUGGCCGCCAUCUCGGUAUUCUGUUUGGAAUGAUGCUAAACUAUUAGAAGUUUUGGAGAUUAUGCGUGUAAAACCUGAUUUUUCUGUUAAGGUUUCAGUUUUGAAGCUUUAUUCUGCAUUAGCACUAUGUGGUAAUGGGGCAAAGAAGCUUCUAGAAAAUGGAGAAGCUAUUCUACAUAUGAUGGCUCUUUGCAUGGACAGAUCCUACUCCCUUUUCAUUCGGAUUGAAGGAUUUAGGCUUGCCCAAUGCUUAAUGAUAAAUGAACAGGGAUGUUUAAAAGUAAUGAGCUUGUGUUGUGAGCCUAUUGUUAGUGCUAUAAUUGAUGGAAUGAGUGGAUGGACCUCAAAUUCAGGGAAGAUUGGCAAUGAUGAGAUGUCAUUGCUGGUGGAAGCUUGUCAUCUGGCUCUUAUGAUAAAUCGAUGGGCAGGGAAGCAUCAUGCUUACUUGUGGAAGCUAGGGAUUGACCAAGUCCUCCUUGAUCUUCUUUUUGAUUUUCAUAAUGGGCCACUUAAACUUGCCCUGUCACUGCAAGAACAGAUAUCUUUAGCACAGGAAGGUCUCAAGGCCAAUUUUCUUCUUGGCUUGAGGCCAUAUAUUUGGGACCUUCUUGGCUGGCUCGCAGCACAUUGUAAUGAAGAUUUCAGCCCAAGCAUGUUUGGCCGUGAACUUAAAGUUGACAUCCUGAUUAUGUGUGCAUGCAUAUCUUUUGUGGAUUCAAUUCGCCAAGGGCGGCAAAUAUGUGUAUAUGAUUUAACUGAUACAUCCGGAGGGGAAUCAGCAUCAAGGGCAAUGUUGAUGAUGCUUUAUUCUCCCUGCAAAUAUAUUGCAUCAAAAGUAAGAGAUAUACUGCAUGAAAUUCUAAAGCCAACCAGCAACGAGUAUGUGAACUACCUAUUGCGUACUCUAAAUAUUAGACCAUCCAAGGAUAACCUAGGAAUCCCUUACGUACUUCGAACUAGCAUGAACUUAGUGGGGUUGAUGUGCUAUUCUGGUUUACCACAGUAUCAAUGUUAUAUUGUUAAAAAUGGAGGAAUAAAGACACUUCUGGGUUUGAUAAGGUGGUGCUUAAGCAAUGGUAUCCAUAUAGGCAGGCCGAGCCUUGCUCCUCAUUUGCAUAAUAGGUUCACUGAAAGGACUUGUUGCUGGAUAUGCAACGAUGACUGGGAAGGCAAUGAUAUUCUUUUAUUUUAUGGUUUAUGGGGGCUAGCUGAAUUGAUACACUCUGGAUAUGUAAGAAAUAAAGCAGAAAUUUUUGUUGGUCAAGUGGAUUACACUGAAGCUCAAUUUUUUAGCACACUCCAGGAGAUCUGUAGUGACACUACUUCUCCUGGAAUAAAAUGGUAUGCUGCAUUUAUUCUGAGUUACUUUGGGUUAUAUGGUUUUCCAUGUAAACUUGGGAGGCGUAUUGGGAAUGCACUUAAUGCUAGUGAAUAUGCAGAUAUGCAGCUCAUUCUCUCAAAUAGGGUCUCUGUGAGUGUCCAUGGUGUCGUCCUUGCUGUUCGAUGUCCAUCAUUGCUGCCUCCUGAUGAGUUCCCUUGUUAUGAGAAAACAUUUGAUAAUUCUUCCUUAGGAUUCGAUGUAGAGAGGAGGGAUGGAAGGUUUCAAAAAGAAAUUCAUCUAUCUUCGCAUGUUGAUGGCCAGGCAUUGGCCAAACUGUUGGAAUUUGUUUAUUUGGGUUAUCUAAUUGCAGGAGAAGAACAUGUAAAGAAAGUGAAAUUCCUCGCCAAACGCUGUAGUUUACAGCCUCUGCUUAAAAUGCUUGGUAGAAGACAUCCCAAGUGCACCCUUUUCCCAAAAUAUGAUCUCUCUCUUGCUCUUGAUCCAGCCAAGCAAUGCUUUUCGGACAUUAUCCUGGAGGCUAAAGCCAUUGGAUCAGUUUCUUGGGUAUGUAGUAUAUGCUCCCAACCAGUGCCACAUAUGCAUGCUCACAAGGUUGUAUUAUGGUCAAGCUGUGAUCAUCUGCGGGCUAUGUUUCAGUCGGGCAUGGCGGAGAGUAAUUCUCAGACCAUAAAGGUGCCAGUUAGCUGGGAGGCAAUGGUUAAGCUAGUUAACUGGUGGUAUACUGAUGAAUUCCCUAGUCCUCCAUCUGGAUGUUUAUGGGAUAAUAUGGACACCGAGGAAAGGCUAAAUGUGCUGCAACCAUAUGUAGAGCUUUGCUGGCUUGCUGAAUUCUGGUUUUUAGAGUAUGUUCAGGAUGUCAGCUAUAGAAUAAUUGUAUCUUGUCUGGAAUCUGCCAGACAUUUGUCUAUCAAAAUGAUUAAAACUGCUAUUGAUUUCUCUCUUUGGAAAUUGGUUGAGGUGGCUGCAAAUUACCUGGCCCCUCAGUAUCGUCAGCUUUGCAACUCUGGUGACCUUGAAGGGCUGGAUGAAGAAGUUAUUGAUAUGAUUCGUGCAGCGUCUGUUCGACUUUCACAAGAAGGGUAGUGAACAAUUCAAUAUAGUGCUGUAUUGUUAUCAAGUUAAUGUAAGUUUUGAUAUGAUAGGAGCAGUAAAAAUUAAUUGUAAAUGUUUGUAAAGGUGGCAAUGUUUUCAUCUAUUUGUGUUCUUUCGUGUACUAUGCACUAAGGAGAAAGGGGUCUCUUAUUCAUACACAGGUUUCUGACAGUUGUUUUGCUAA